AUGAGUGAGCAGGAGGUCACUUAUUCAAGUCUGAGAUUUUCUAAAUCUUCACGGCUGCAUAACCAAGUGAAGCCUGAGGAGACUAGAGGGCCCAGAGAAGCUGGCCACAGAGAGUGUUAUGUCCCCUGGCACCUGAUUGUGAUAGCUUUGGGAAUCCUCUGUACCCUUCUUCUGGUAACUGUUGCAGUGUUGGUGACAAACAUUUUUCAGUAUAGUCAAGAGAAUCAUGAACUGCAGGAAACACUAAACCACUACAACUUCAGCGCCAUGCAAAGUGACAUUGAUUUAAAGGAAGAAAUGCUGAGAAAAAAGGCGAUAGAGUGUAGUCCAGGCAAUGAUCUUCUGGAAUCGCUCAACAGAGAACAGAACAGAUGGUACAGCAAAACCAAGACUGUCAUAAAUUCCUCACAACACACAGGCAACGAAAUUGAAACACACUGGUUCUGCUACGGUAUAAAAUGUUAUUAUUUCAUCAAGGACAGAAAAACAUGGCAUGGAUGUAAACGGAUCUGCCAGAAUUCCAAUUUAUCCCUUCUGAAGAUAGAUGAUGAGGAUGAAAGGAAGUUCCUUCAGCAACAGGUUAUCCCAGACAAUUACUGGAUUGGAUUGUCAUAUGAGAAAGAAAAAAAUAAAUGGGCAUGGAUUGAAAAUGGACCAUCUGAACUUGCUUCAAACACAAAGAUAUUCAAUGAAAGGGAUGGAGCUUGUAUAUUCUUAUCUAAAACAAAACUAGACAGUAUUGACUGUAAUAAUUUAUACAGCUGUAUUUGUGGGAAGAGAUUGAAUAAAUUCCCUGAUUUACUCUUCAAUGAAUGUUAA